AUGAGCCAUGGCUGCUCGGAUGAUGGCUUGGAUGCCUUCCGUGCAAAGGUGGAUGCAGUUUUGGGCGGGUCUCUCAGCUCGUGGACCCCGCGGGCCCGUGUUUUUCAUCGUCGCAGCUUUGGGCAUCUCAACUUCUACGAUGCCUUGAUGGUCGACCCUGACUCAAAGCGCUCCUUUCUGGUGGAAUUUGUUAUCCGGUUCAGGGACGAUAUAGAGACGUGUAACGAAUCAGAGCCUUCAUUCAAAGGUGCACUCGGAUAUGUGACGUCCCACAGGGACAUUCGAAUAGGGGAUGUUGUGGAGAUCUUGUCUGGCCAGAUGGACGAGAAGCUGCCUAAGCCGCCCUGUCACUUCACGAUCAAGGUUUCCCAAAUGCGCAUUGCCGAACUGUGGACUGAGAUGUUCAUCCAAAGUGAGGCGGCCACAGCUGCAGAGGAGGAAGGUGCCAGGGUCUCCAAGGCACGUGGGAAGCCUUGCAAUCAUCAAGCCUCCAAAUAUGGUUUCCAUCGGCCGGUAUUUCACGACGGAAUUGACCAGUCCUGGUUUGUGGAGUUGGACCGGAUGAACGAGCAGAAAGGUGAGGAGAAAAGGAGGCAGAAGCGUGAGGCGAAGAAAGCGGGCAAGGAGACGCAGCAGGAGAAUGCACCUCAUGUCACUGAUGAGGAUGAGCCCUUGUGCAUUCAACUUGGUACGACGGACGAAGAGUUGGAUUUUUUGCGAAGUCUGGUACAAGGGGAGACGGAGGAGGCUGAUGCAGAUCACUCCGAGAGCUUGCUCCGCCAGAUCCUUGUUGCCAAGCAGGAGUCUCGGAGACGCUCCCGGCCCCGAGCAUUUCUGCAGUGCCAUUUUCCUCAAGCUGAACGCUUGGCGGCAUACUUGGAUGGACAGGUGCUGUCGACCUGCACCAGGGAUCGCUUGGUGCUGCUUUCCUGGGGCCAAGAGCUGCUUGAUCCUCCCAAGGACACUUGUGGGAAGGUUCUGACCAGCCUGGCGAAGCUGUACCGGCAGCGGCAGGCGGAGGUGUUGGGCUCUCCCGGUGGAGCGGCCGAAGAUGGCUACGAGGUGCGGAUGCCGGUACACCUUCACUCCGUCAUUCAACGCGUCUACUUUGCGAGCGGUGAGCGGAAAGCACCCAGCCUGGUG